UCGGACUGAGUGUACUCCUCCGAGUGUGAGAUAUAGCUGAAGUAUUGCCUGACAGUUGCCAUGCCUGUUUUAACAGGACAAGAACUUUAAGAAAACGUUAACACUCGAGCUUAUUCUGAUUAUUUCUGUUCCGUUAAUUUUAAGAAGAGCGCAGAAUGCCCGUGAAAGGAGGAGGAAGAACUGCGUAUGCAAAUAAAAACGAUAAUGGAGGAAGCUCAGGGAUGGAGGAGACCGUGUGGGAGCAGUUCACUGUGACUCUACAGCGGGACUCCAAAAUGGGCUUUGGGAUCGCCGUGUCUGGUGGCAGAGACAACCCAAACGUGGACAGUGGCGAAACCUCCAUCAUCGUGUCUGAUGUUCUUCAGGAAGGCCCAGCAGAUGGCUUGUUGUUUGAAAACGACCGGGUUAUACAGGUCAACACCAUCCCUAUGGAGAACGUUCCUCAUUCCUUUGCUGUGCAGCAGCUCCGAAAAUGUGGAAAAGUGGCCAAAGUAACAGUAAAAAGACCUCGCAAAGUUGCCGUCCUCAAGCGUCCUCCUUCCCCAGACAGGGACAGCCGUGACUACAACCUGUCCAGCUACUACCCCGAUGACAACCGCAGCACACAGAGUGACCCGGACUCUGACUACCCCAGGGGCAACGGUGGCCUGGGAUACCCGCGCCGCAGUGGUACCCUAGAGCCGGACUACCGGAGCCGGGGCCGCAGCACGGAGAGAUUGGCGAGCCCUGAGAGAACCUACCAGAGGGACGGGAGCCGAGGACGGAGCCUGGAUCGAAGCGUCAGCCCUGAGCCCCGCUACCAGCAGAGCCGUGGGUAUGAAGGAGGAAACAGCCCUUCAUCAGGCUACGAUUCAAGGAGAUACAACCCACGUUCAGAGGACCAGCUGAUCCGAAGUUACAGUCGAGAUCGCUUACAGGAGGACUCGCCAUCGCCAAUCAGGCGGCAUGGCAGAAACCGAGACAACCUGGAGCCACUGGAGCCUCCCACCAAUGUUAUGCUUGUGAAGAACAGGCCAAAUGAAGAGUAUGGUCUCCGGUUGGGCAGCCAGAUCUUUAUUAAAGAGAUGACCAGCACCGGACUGGCUGCCAGAGAUGGAAACCUGCAGGAGGGUGACAUUAUCCUCAAGAUAAAUGGAACUGUGACUGAGAAUCUGUCUCUGAAUGAUGCGGGGAGGCUGAUUGAAAAAUCUCGUGGGAAACUGCAGCUGGUUGUACAGAGGGAUAACAGGCAGAUCCUGGUGCGCAUUCCGCCCCUGAUGGACAGUGAUUCGGAGCCCGAUGACAUUUCAGAGAUGGACUCGUAUCGUUCAUAUUCACCGCAAGAUGACCAAAGGUCACGACACUCAGACCUCUCUUCCCAUUCAUCCAACGGUGUUCCACGUGAAAACCCAAGUGAGAACCCACAAAGAACACCAGCCAAGGUGCCUAUACCAUCUUCACCCUACAGGAUAGCAGAAGAGCCACCUGGAGUACAGGAAGAACAAGAAGAUCCACCGCCUGUAGAGCCACCAGCACCUAUUAGGAAAACACCCAAAAUCCUUUUGAGGCCGAGUCCAGAGGAUGAGGAGACAUACGGGCCAAAUACUAUGAUGGUGAGCUUCCAAAAAGGAGAGAGCGUAGGCCUGCGGCUGGCAGGGGGAAAUGAUGUUGGCAUAUUCAUUGCAGGAGUUCAGGAGGGCAGCCCUGCAGAGGAGGAGGGCCUCAGAGUUGGCGACCAAAUCAUGAAGGUAAAUAAUGUGGAUUUUCGGGGCACUGUGCGUGAGGAGGCGGUGCUGUUCCUGUUGGAAAUUCCCAGAGGAGAGAUCAUUACUAUACUGGCCCAGAGCAGAGCGGAUGUUUAUGAAGACAUCCUUGUUUCUGGAAGAGGAGAUUCCUUCUUUAUACGAACACACUUUGACUAUGAGAAGGAGCAGUCUCAGUGUCUAGCAUUUGCCAGAGGAGACAUCUUUAAGGUUGUGGACACAUUGUAUGAUGGCAAGCUAGGAAACUGGUUGGCAAUCCGCAUGGGGAAGAAUAACAAGCUACUAGAGAAGGGCAUAAUUCCAAACAAGAGCAGAGCUGAGCAAAUGACUAAUGUCCAGCACACUCCUAAAACCUCCACCAGCGACAGAGCUGAUUUCUGGCGACUCCGCGGCCAAAGAGCAACCAAGAAGAAGGAUUUACGAAAAACCAGAGAAGAUAUGAGCGCUGGCCUUGUGUCUACACGCUUUCCUGCCUACGAACGGGUGGUGCUUAGAGAGGCUGGUUUCAGGAGGCCGGUGGUGCUGUUUGGUCCCAUAGCUGAUGCUGUUAUUGAAAAGCUGUCCACUGAACUGCCCGAGGAAUUCAUCAUUGCCAAAACGGAACCCAAGGAUGCUGGAUCAGAGAAGUCUUCUGGGGUGGUGCGUCUCAACACCAUCCGACAGAUCAUUGAACAGGAUAAACAUGCCCUGCUGGAUGUGACGCCCAGGGCCGUGGACACCCUGAACUACACCCAGUGGUACCCAAUUGUCAUCUUUUUCAAUCCUGACAGUAAGCAUGGAGUAAAGAGCAUUAGGCAGAGGAUCAUUCCCAGCUCAAACCGCAGUGCCCGCAAACUUUUUGAACAGGCCCUCAAGCUCAGGAAAUCCUGCUCACAUCUUUUCACCGCUGUUAUUGACCUAAAUGGAGCCAAUGAUGCAUGGUAUGGCAGUGUGAAAGACUGUAUCCGGCAACAGCAGACGCAGGCAGUGUGGGUCUCGGAGGGAAAGCUGGACGGGAUGGCAGAGGGAGACCUUGAUCUUCCUGACGACCGUAUGUCGUACCUGUCAACGAUGAGCACUGACUAUCUUACCAUGGACAGUCGCAUAACCAGUGACUAUGAUGACACGGCUGAUGAAGGAGGAGCUUAUACUGAUAACGAGGUUGACGAAGGGCUGGAACGUCAGCGGGUGUCGGCCAUCAGUAGAUCCUCCGAGCCUGUCAUGCCAGAGGAGGUCCUCAGGAAGUCCAGCCCAGAGUUCCGUUUCAACUUUCGUAUGGGUGUGGUAAGCAGAGAGCCACCGUGUGAAACCAGCCCUCCUGUAAUGUCCACGUUCCUCCCUGAUUCGCCCAAGGUCUCCCGCUUAUCUAGUCCUGCUGUCAACCAGGUAAAACCACUGGCUCAAGAUGAAGCAUUAUACGGACACUUUGACCCACCUCCAGCCUAUGAGCCGAAUGCCAGCAACCUCGCCAACAUGCAAUACCCAGCAAGCACACUCAAACCCCCUCCACCACCUGUAUCACUGAAGCCCAUCUCUGUUCCCCACUCUUCCAAAAGCCUGAUGGACAGCCCUGUCAGAGAAAGAAAGCUCCCAGAACAGAGCCCUGAGGAUCCUUCUCAGAGGUCUUUUCUGGGAAAGCUGAAAGCCUUUGAGAAGAUGGACCAGUUUGCUCGACAACAGAGGUUGCUGGAGCUCCAGCAGGCCCAGGAAGCCAAGGUGGAGAUUGCCCAGAAGCACUUGGACUGCUAUGCUGUCCCCAUCAAAUCCCAGAAACUGGACCACAGCAGACCACAGCCUAUCGGAUCCAGUGCAAGACCAGAAUCUCAAUCUCCACCAUUAAAAGUGCCCCACUCAGACAGCAUUUCAGCCAACCCUAGCAAUGAUGUGGCGGUUCAGGGGGAGAAUCGACAACAGGCGGACCCGACAAAAUGUGGUUACUCUUCCAACACACAGGAAUAUCAGGAUACAGAGCUGUAAAGCUUCAUUCCGUACCACACACUGCUCUGUCAUUUCAUAUAGGUGCAGUCCUACUUCCAACUGCUCAUGCCCAGAAAUUUCUUUUUCACUUUUCCUAUGCUGAGAUCUUUUUUUUUUUUUUCUUUUACUUUAGGUUCAUGUGGACUAUAUGGCAUAAUUCUUACAAACUUACAUCUUUGUACACACACACACACACACACACACACAUGCAUUUAUAUGUACGUAUAUAUACACACAUAUGCCAGUUUAUUGGGAAAGGGAGCUUUUUUUCUUGCCUAUGCAACCAGUUCUGUAGCCUCAGAGCUGGAACCUCUCACAAUGACUGUCUUUUGCUACAUAAAAACCUUAAGCCUGGUGUGUCCUACACGCCGGAUUUGUGUUACUGUUUCUUAUUUUGUGAACCUGAAGCUAAACUUCUGCAGGCAGGUCUGAAAAGGCCACUGUUAGAAGUGAACACUUCUCUGCCUUUGCAUUCCAUCAUUUCCGAGCAAACAAGUGAGUGUAUGAUUCUAUAAUAUGAUACAAUGGAUUUUGUUAGGAAGUUUUAAAGUGCCUUUUACUUUCUGAAUAAUACAGAGGUGUGGGGACUUGACAAUCCAGCCCACUGGACAAAAAUAUUCUGCUGCUCUCAAGCUUCAAGGGCCAACAGGGAAAAGACAACACCAAAACCCUUAAUACUGUAUUACUGUUCACCUGCCACCCUUAUCUUCACUGUUACUCACAGCCAGGAGUGAGGAAGUCUGAUUUCCACAGCCGGGCUGAAUGUGAGUUGUAUGCACAAAUGUACGUAUGAAAAACAGAGUGUUAUGGUUGCGUUUAUUGUAUAAUAACUGAUGUAGCUACGGCUAGACUUGUUUAAUCAUUCCACACACCAUUUCUUUUAAAUAGGCAUCAUUUUUUGUUUGUCUGCUGGACCUUGUUGGUCAAAAGUGCUUUUUAUCUCAUAAAUGGUGUUUUAUUGCCUCCAGUUUGUAUGGAUAUCAUACAGCAAAUGAGUUCAUAGACUGGACUUUUCCAUUCCACUGUUGAUAAGUUUUAUUCUCCAACAUCAAAUAAAAUAUAUUAAUAAAAUAUAUUGGUGAAAAAUAAAA